ACACUCAUCCCUCCUUUCUUUCACUCCAUCCCCCUCUUCCAACUCCUCCUUCUCCCUCUCCACCGCUAAUUCCAACAGCUGAUUUCCAGAUCAGAGAGAGAGAGGAACACGGCGAGACAGUUCAGGUUUGGAGCCGGCUGCAGCAGAAGGAUUUAAAGCGAGCAGAAAUGCAAGGAGAGCGCUGCGAUCCGCCAGCGUCCGUCAUGAAGAUCUGAGCUCCGCCGCCGCUGCCAUCAAUUCCGAGAGGAUGGCUUUCCAUGGAUCCUCUCGGCCAACAGUGUGUGGUAACUUGUUCCCUGGAUCAGACUUAGGCCACAAGUAUUUUUGUGUCAACACCACGACCGGCACUACCUCAACGGGCCUCAGCGCAACACCAAAUCCGACUGGACCCAACGCUCCCGCUGGGACUCCCAGACACCCGGCGUCUCUUGGGGGCAGCGCAGGCGGAGGUGCGGCCAUCCCACAACCUCACAGUAACCCAGCAAGUGAGGUUCCAAGUCCUGCUGAAAUGGAGCCUGAUCGGCCUAUCGGUUAUGGUGCAUUUGGGGUGGUCUGGUCUGUGACGGACCCUCGGAAUGGACGUAAGGUGGCUCUGAAGAAAAUGCCGAAUGUCUUCCAGAACCUGGUCUCCUGCAAACGUGUGUUCAGGGAACUCCGGAUGCUGUGUUUCUUUAAACAUGACAAUGUGCUGUCUGCCCUUGACAUUCUCCAACCUCCACAAAUCGACUGCUUUGAGGAGAUAUACGUGAUCACUGAGCUCAUGCAGAGUGACCUACAUAAAGUCAUCGUUUCCCCUCAGCCUCUCACCACCGAUCACAUCAAGGUGUUCCUCUACCAGAUACUCAGGGGGCUGAAGUACCUGCAUUCUGCAGGGAUUCUGCACAGAGACAUCAAACCAGGGAACCUGCUGGUCAACAGCAACUGUCUGCUAAAGAUUUGUGACUUUGGCCUGGCGCGAGUGGAGGAGCCGGAUCCUUCUCGUCACAUGACCCAGGAGGUGGUGACCCAGUAUUACCGUGCUCCAGAGGUUCUGAUGGGAUGCCAGCAUUACACUUCAUCUAUAGAUGUCUGGUCUGUAGGCUGCAUCUUCGCAGAGUUGCUGGGCAGACGUAUUCUUUUCCAGGCUCAGAGCCCCAUACAACAGUUGGAUCUGAUCACUGAUCUCCUCGGGACUCCUCCUCUUUCUGCCAUGGCAUCCGCGUGUGAAGGAGCACGAGCGCACAUUCUUAGAGGACCCCACAAACCACCCUCGCUGUCUGUUCUGUACAUGUUGUCAGAUGGAGCAACACAUGAAGCUGUUCAUCUUUUGUGCCGCAUGCUAGUUUUUGAUCCAGCUAAGCGCAUCUCGGGCAGUGACGCUCUGUCUCAUCCGUAUUUGGAUGAGGGUCGUCUGCGGUACCACACCUGCAUGUGUAAGUGCUGUUACUCUGUGCCCAGCGGGAGGGUGUACACCCGAGACUUUGAGCCGCCUGCGGAUCGCCCUUUCAGCCACAACUAUGAGCAGAGCAUGCACUCCGUCUGGCAGGGCAAAGAGCUCAUCCAUCGUUUUAUAACAGAGCACCAGCAAGGCAAACGAGUGCCUUUGUGCAUCAAUCCCCAGAGUGCAGCCUUCAAAACCUUCAUUAGAUCCACAGCCUGGCAUUCCUCAAAAGUAUCAAGGAAAGAAGAGAGAUGAGGUGGAUUCUGGGAAAUGUGGAUCAUAGGAGCAAGCAUGCUUUGGAGAUGAAGAUAUGGAUCACAUGCUUUUGAAUGAACUCUCAGCACUCAUUCCAAUUCGACAUGGGGAUCUCUCAGAAAAACAGAUCCACUUAAACGACACUGAUGAAUAAUGCUUUUGAUGCUGCUGAGAACACUUUUAUACUGACUGUGUGCUUGAGGAUUACGGGAAAUAGAAUUUUCCACAGAAAUAAAAAAAAGAAAAGAAAAUGGAUUGUUGAAUAUGACUAAAUGAGCCAACGUCAAUGUUGUGCAAUACAGAUAUCUGGAAUAAUGCAAAUGACGAGACUGCGCUGACCAUGAUUUCACUAACAGAUGAGAUGACAGUGCCCACGAGUCCAUAGCAUCGCCCCCGCGGCCAUUUCAAUCUGCCGCUGUAUCUCCAAACUUUUAUCACUGUGUUCCUUUUGCGGGUUCUUAGGUUUUAUUCUGAAAAUUCUGGUAACCAAAAGUUCUUAAGUCUUCUUAUUUUGUUACUGCUUCAUCAUUCAGCUGAAUGCUUUCUGUUCGAUAUCACUCAGAUUUUCUACUUCUUUUUUGGGGGGAACCUCUCAACAUUUCUUAUGAAGCACCCUGUGCAAAUGAUCCCUGAGCAAAUGCAUUCGAGAUUUAGAGAUGGCGGCGUCUCGUGAUGACAGACGUACGUACGUCUUUAUCUGUGGAACGUAGGUACUGUGCCGUCCCCACCUGAAGCAUCUUCCCAAAGGUCCCGCCCCCCUCCUAGGACCAAACGAGAUCGAUAUCAGUAUCCUGCUCUCUGAUUGGGCGAGGCUCUGUAGGCAGAGAAGAUAGAUUGAAUAUUAUUUAUUUUCUCUUUUUAAUUUAUUGUCGUCUUGUCCAGCUUGUUAGGUGUUUGUGUUUGGCGGACCAGGUGCGUGGGUUUCAUGGCGGCAUGAGCGAGCCAUCUGGUCCAUGAGUGAUUUUGAAAAACUGUGCAGGUUCGGAGAGUUUAGGGAAUGUGCAGUGUCGUAAAUUUUUAUUUUAUUUUAUUUUUUUAAAUAUUUCAUUACCUCAACCGGCCCUCAUUUCACUGGGCUGGUGUAUAUAGACUGAACCCAGUCGUUUAUCAAAAAUGUACUGUAAUGCAGUCGAUUGGCGUCAAGUGUGUGUGUGUGUGUUCCUUCACUGGGCCGCAGUCUCUCUCUUAAUCCAUCUGCUUUUCUUUUUCCUUCAGAGCGGAUUGUCGAGACGGUGGCUUAUGGUUAAUUAUUAGAUAGUUGUUGGGGAAAUGCUGCUGUUUGUGUAAUACCUCCAAAACCUCCCCGACUCAUUUGUAAAAGUAACACGUCUAGAGCUCAGGUUUCAUAUUAUAGGAUAUGGACUAGACUGUAGACACUGUAGACGUGGGUCCAGGCAGUCACCGGUGCUCUCUGGGUUUAUUGCAGAGCUGAAUACUCAAAAAUGCCCAGUACUGUAAGCGUUUGCCUCCUACCACCAGGUGGCAACACAAGCGAAGAGCACGAUUGGAUGUAUCAAGGCAGUUAUUGCUCAUCAAUAAUGUCUCUCAAUGCAUGUGUGUAUGGACUUCACUUGGAUUUGCAAUUGCAGUGCAUUAGGAGUUUUAUUUUAGAAAUGUUUAUAAAUGUGCUGUUGCUAUUUAAUUUUUUUCCCCCUUUUUUC